GUGCUGAGAAUCAUCCACCGCCUAAAUAAUACCUGCUCUGUGGAGGUACUGACCAUUGAAGAACAGGGUGAAAGCAUGUUAAAAAUUAAAUCUUGAGUUUUGCAAUUUAAAUGUCUUUAAUGCCUGUAUAGUUUUAUAAGUAGCAUUAUUUUAGUGGUAAUAAUUGUCCAGUGAUUGAGUAGUAGCUGAUUCUGGGUGGUUCACUGUGGUACAAAAAAAUUCAUGACAAAGAAUUAAAGAAAGAAACACUUAAACAGUGAAAAAUAAAAUAGUUUGAUUUGAGUUAAAAAAGUAUCCAGACAAUAAUUUACUACUCUUCCAAUCCACUGUACAUGAGUAGAGAUAGACUUUAACUUCAUCUAUUAAUAUUUUUUUUUAAUUACACUGAUAUUGGCUGUAAAUCUAGAAAUGUCAAACAUAAAUCUUGCUAUGUUGUCGAGAUGACUACAUGCACAUCACUAGAUGUUCUAUGCAAAGACUACAUAAUCUAUGAACAAGUAAGCUAAGCUAAAUUUAAACAUUUUAAUGUGAUUUAUGGACUAUUACUGCAUCUUUUGAUUUUACAUAGAUGUAUAUUAAACCUUUUUUGUUUAAAAGUAAGAUAAUCUGUAGAUUAGCUUGAAAUAAUUACAUGCCCUUUAAUGGUAAUAUAAAUGAAUUGUAAUUAACUCAAUGUUCUUGCAAGGUCCCCACUAAUCACAUUGGCAUUUGUGUGUUUUAUGCUAAUAUUAUGUAAAUGAGGUCCCCAUUAGUCAUAUUUAUAAGAUUUUUCUAAGUCCCCACUAAACACGGUCCUGACAUGACUUCUUAAAUUCUGAUGUUUGAACGCGUGUAUGAGCUAAGAAAAAUCUGUUUAGUGUGCCUGAUUUUUUUCAGCCCUCUAGAGGCUGUAGAAAGGGUGGUCCCCGCAAGUGAUGUUCAUAACAUUGGUCCCCAUCUGACAUGAAAACGCGUAUGUGUGUGUGUGUGUGUGUGUGUGUGUGUGUGUGUGUGUGUGUGUGUGUGUGUGUGUGAGAGAGAGAGAGAGAGAGAGAGAGAGAGAGAGAGAGGCAGCGCGAGCGAGCGCGAGAGGGAUCAGUUUCUAUUGUUUCCGUGUAAACAAGAGGAUACUAGAAUUCAUUAUGGUCUAUUUUAUUCUAUUUUUUAUAUAAACGAUGGUGUGGAGAAGCGGAGCAGUUAAAGCCGUUCAGUCGGUCAAUAUGAAGCCGGUUUAAAGAGAGACAAACCGGGACAAUCCGGGACAGACAUGGAGGCAACCGGAUGAUCCCAGGUCUGCAGUCCAAAGAAACCUGAUGUUUAGCUGAGAACCUGGUAAUCCCAGAGUCGUCGAGAUACGAGAAGGUUCUGCAGUGGAAAGUCACCGGCUGCCACUGAGAACCGUUAACCUGAGAAAGAGAGAACGGUUGCAGGUGUCUAAUCUGUCCAAGUCUUGAUCACUGAGCCGGAGGUCAGAAUGAUGCCUAGAGUAAGACACAGAGAUACUCUUCAUGGUCUGCUUCCUGCAACCAGCCAGGGGGGAAACAAGGCAUCGGCUGUUGCGUGGUGACCAAAAACAAGAAAAGACUUGUGCUUUGUGAAUGCUUCCUAUUCAGCGACAUCUCCUGCAGCCCUACAGAGCCUGACACCAAAGCAUAAUGCUUCAAUACGGCUCAGACUCUGAACCCGGGCGGCUCCGAUACUCUGCACGGAUCUCUGAGGAGGGGUGGAGUCUUGUUUGUCUUUCUGAGUGAGUUUAACCAGCAGCCCAGGAAACCUGACGGGUAUUUAAACGUGGAACUUCCGGCAGCUGUGGCUCUCUGUCGGUCCUUGACGUCGGUGGCGUUCCAAUCCACUAAUUAAGGACGACGAAGGAUGUCAGAGCUAGAUGACUUCCCUCCCGGUCAUCACGGGGGCCCCCAGCACCCGGACCCAUCCCGAAUUCAGCAGGACCUGCUGGAGGAGCAGGUGGAGCUGUGGUGGUUCAGUGAGCCACGCAAGUCUCUGCUCUGCUACAGUGCGUCCGUUGCAUUGGUCGUGGGCUGCGGUGUGGGCGGCGUCGGUCUGCUGUCGAGCACCACCAGCCUUUCGAGCGAAUGGCGCCUGGGUGCAGGCACGGCGCUCUGCCUGCUGGCGCUGGCUGUGGUCCUCAAGCAGCUGCUCAGUUCCGCAGUCCAGGACAUGAACUGCGUGCGCAGCCGGAGGCGCAUCGACGCGCUGAAAAGUGGCGGCCUGUCCGACGUGCUCGUCAUGCUCCUCACCGGGAUUUCGCUGAUCAUAUGCGGAGCCGUGCUGCUCAACGUGGCGAUGGCGUACCACAUGCCCAAACCUGGCCAGGCUCUUAAUGACAUGUUUAUAUCCGGAGUGGUACUGCUGGCGGGUGGAGGGAUCACGGUGGUGGCCGUCGCUGUGUAUUCAGCCGUGGUGUUCCUUUUGAGAUGGACGAGGCCUGAGCAGAGCCUGAGGGACAGGGUGCUGGGUAUUUUCACCAUUUCUGGGCAGAUGCGUGGUCGGAGGGAGACGGCAUCAAGCCUGGCACAGCUCAUAUGAUUGUAAUAGUGCACAUCGCUGCUCUUUUGGAGGAAAAAAAGUAUAUGCUGCUUGAACAUAUUGUAGAAACCCUGGAGGAUCGUGUCUACAAAUGGAUCUUCAUUUUCUACAGAUCUGCAGACCUGCCGGAGGGGAUCGAUAAUGAAACACAGCCACUAGUGAACUAAACUUUGCACAUAUUGAUUGAUGAAUGUAUGAAACUGCGGCAAUGAUAGUACAAAACACAGUACACUGUAUUAUUAUUACAUUUCAUCAGCUUUCAUUUUGAUUUGUAGAAUGAUUUCACUGUGGUCUACCGACGUAGACAUGACCCAGUGUGUAGACCCUAGGUCUGAACUCUGAUUUGACUUAUAAUUCCUUCUCACGUCUUCAGGUGAACACAUAAAAGCUUCAGAAAAAGUCACUCACUAAGCAAAGGCAUCCAAAGUUGCUACCCAGUUCCUGAGUGAUUAGCGGAUUGGGUAGAUAAUUAAAUUUGCUGCUGUGAAAAGGCAGAAGCUAACAUUCAUGAUACAUUUAGAACGUGACAGUCUUGGGAUUCCAGUUAUUUCUGCAGUUGUUCAUUUUCUAUGACUGAAUGUUGCACAAAUUUCUUUUUAUAAGAUUAUUGUGGGGGUUCAAACAUUCUACUGGAUCAAGAUUAUACUUACAACAACAAGGUGUAAUUAAAACUUGUUUAAUUUCAUUUAAACAAUUUGGAAUGGGCUCCUGAUUUCUCAUGAUUAUGACCAACUUUAGCUCUCUGUGCCCAAAUACUGAGGGCUAGUUUGGCUGUACAAAAUAAAAAGUACAUGAGAAACAUACUUAGGUCUUCUUGGUUGAUAACUGUUAUGAUGCUGAGAAAAAAAUGUGUCUCAGUGGUCAUAUGUGGGACAGUGGUAGCGUAGUGGGUAGAGCUUUGGGCUAUCAUUCGAAAUGUUGAGUGUUUAAAUCCUGGCUCUGCCAUGCUGCCACUGUUGGGCCCUUGAUCAAGGACGUUAACCCUGUCUGCUCCAGGGGCGCUGUACAAUUAGUGACCCUGCGCUCUGACCCCAGCUUGUUUGGAAGCUUGAUAUGAGAAGAAAGAAUUUCGUUGUACUGUAAACUUGUAUAUGUAUACAUGACAAAUAAAUGCAUUCAUUUA